AAGCAACACGCUGUAGAACAGAGCUCAUCCCGAGUGGUAGACUCAGUCUGAAACGGGGCUACUGGCUGUUAAUUAAAUGGUGUAUGCUGCAGCACAGGAAAUGCCUUGUGGACUCUUGCCAGUCAUUUAACGAUUUGACUUCUCUGUGGAUCUCACCGAGCGUGACAAGGAAAAAGUCAGUGGAAUAACUGAAACUACGGGACACACUUUGUGCGUCAGGAUGCCCGGUAUAAACCAGCAUUUCACAUUGACAGCAGCGGCAGUUGUUGUGCUGCUGGCAUGUGCACUGUGCUUCAACGUGGACCAGAAAAAUGGGUUGUCAUUCAGCGGUCCACUGGAGGACAUGUUUGGCUACACCGUCCAGCAGUUUGAGAACAGCGAAGGGAAAUGGGUUCUGAUUGGCUCCCCGCUGUCGGGCCAGCCAGCUCGGCGGACAGGAGAUGUCUACAAAUGUCCUGUGGGAAAAGAGGACAACACAUGUGUCAAACUGGACCUUCCUAGAAACACAACAGUUCCCAACUUACAUGAAGUCAAGGAGAACAUGACCAUGGGAACCACACUGGUAACCAAUCCCAGCGGAGGAUUUCUGGCGUGUGGUCCUCAGUAUGGCUAUAUGUGUGGACAACAGCAGUACAUCUCAGGAGUUUGUGCGAAUGUCAGCUCUUCCUUCCAGAUCCUCAACUCUAUAGCACCAUCUGUGCAAGAGUGUGGAAAGGAGCUGGACAUUGUGAUGGUUCUGGAUGGCUCUAACAGUAUAUACCCCUGGUCCAGUAUCAUCACUUUUCUGCGCCGCUUCAUUGAGAAAAUUGAGAUUGGACCAAAACUCUCACAGGUGGGAAUAGUGUCCUAUGGUGAGACCGUGACUCAUCGUGUCAACUUGAGCCAGUUUGACAACACUCCUGAUCUGCUGAAGUUCAUUGACAAGCUUCCUCAGCAGACCGGCUUCAAGACCAUGACUUUCCUGGGCAUUGAUACUGCCAGGAAGGAGGCCUUCAUGCCAGAGCGUGGUGCACGACCGGGGGUGAAGAAAGUCAUGGUGAUUGUGACUGACGGGGAGUCACAUGACUCCUAUAAUCUUAACAAGGUCAUGGGAGACUGUGAAAAUGAUGACAUCGAGAGGUUUGGCAUUGCUGUUUUGGGAGACUACAAUCGUCAGAACAAAAGUGUAGCCGAAGUGCAGAAGUUUAUUAAAGAGAUCGAAUCCAUCUCCAGUCAGCCAUUACGAGACCAUUUCUUCAACGUGUCUGAUGAGGUGGCGCUGUUGACCAUUGUGGACGCUUUGGGAAGCAGGAUAUUUGCUUUGGAAGCUACAACUGGCAAUUUCACCUCCUCCUUUGAGAUGGAGAUGUCUCAAACUGGUUUUAGUGCACAUACUUCUAAAGAAGGUUUGUUGUUACUGGGAGCAGUGGGAGCAUAUGACUGGAAUGGGACAGUGGUAAUGCAUACUACUGAAGGAACAGUCAUUCCAGGGAAGACCCAAUUCUUCAACCCAAUGACUGAGGUGGGGUAUGAAAGACUGGCUGGGUACAUUGGCUAUGAUGUCCAGUCAGCAUCAACCCCUGAUGGCAUGCUGUACAUCACUGGGGCACCACGGUACAACCACACAGGCCGUGUCGUUAUCUAUCGUCUGGAUGAAAAUAAUAUAGUUGUCUCACAGAUACUGACAGGAGAACAGCUUGGCUCCUACUUCGGCAGCGUCCUGCAGACUGUCGAUGUGGAUAAUGAUAACUUCACUGAUCUCCUUUUGGUUGGCGCUCCAAUGUACAUGGGCUCGGAAAGAGACGAGCAGGGACAAGUCUACGUUUAUAAACUCAACCAGGUCGGACAGUUUGAGCAUGAGUUCACUUUAAAGCCUGUCAAUCAGUCCUGUUGCACUGCCCACUCAGACAAAUGCACUAAUAAAAAUGAACCAUGUGGCGCCCGGUUUGGAACAGCCAUUGCAGCAGUGUCAGAUCUCAACCUUGACGCGUUUAAUGAUGUGGCAAUCGGUGCACCUUUGGAGAACGACCACCGAGGAGCCGUCUACAUCUACCAUGGAGAUAAGACGUCACUGAAAGAGAAAUUUGUACAGCGUAUCCCUGCAGGCGGGGAUGGUGAAAAGGUGAAAUUCUUUGGUCAGUCCAUACAUGGAGUUAUGGAUCUGAAUGGAGAUGGAAUCACUGAUGUUACCAUAGGAGGACUGGGAGGGGCUUCACUAUUCUGGUCCAGAGACGUGGCCGAGCUCGAUGUCAACAUGACUUUUGACCCGGUUAAAAUAAACCUGCAGCAGUCUCAGUUCCAGUGUGAAUAUGGUGGACGCAAAUCUGUGUGUGUGACAGCCAAGGUGUGCUUCUCCUACAACAUCAAAUCUGACAUACAGGACUUACUCAAUGCUACAGAGAUGCGCUACAAUCUGACUCUGGAUGCUCUGCGUGCAAAAGCCAGGGCUUCAUUUACUGACACUGGUGAUCGUAAGGUUACCAAGACCUUCCAUAUCAGAGACAGAGAGAUAAAAUGUGUGCAAGAGAGAUUCAUGAUGUCGGCCCGCCUGGACUUCCGAGACCCUCUCAUGGUGUCUUUGGAGUUUGGACUAGCUGAUGAGGACAUAGGCCCUGUCCUGGACGAAAGCCUUCCCAAAUCCAUCAAUAAGACAAUUCCUUUAGUGGACUGUGGGAGUGAUGAGAAGUGCAUUGCUGACCUCUCUCUCAAAGCAGAGCCUAGUGUAAAAAGCAUGGUGAUCAAGGCAAACAAAGACAAGAUCGAUGUGAACAUCAACGUUAGAAACAGCAAAGACAACGCAUACAACACCAAAGUUGUCCUCAGCUUCACGCCAAAUAUCAACUACGUUAAAGUAGAGCCGGAAAUGGGAUGCACUCUAAAUCAUACAAAAGUGGAGUGUGCUGUUGGAUACCCAUUCCUCGGAAGCAACGUUGAGGAAGAUUUCAAAGUGAAAUUUGAGGUGAAUCCCGAACAUAUUCAAGAGGUGAUUCAGAUCAAUGUGACGGCUACAAGUGACAGUGAAGAGCUGGCUUCUACCCUGAAUGACAACACAGUGCAGAUCUCCAUCCCUGUGAAAUAUGAGGCUGGGAUCAUAUUCUCAGUGCGGCCUGUGGAUGAACACAUUGUGGUAAAAGAGGGUGAACAGUUUGCCAGUGCGUUCAAUGACACCAGGAUGAUUGGAGAGGAGGUCAACAUCAGCUACACGGUGGAGAAAUUAGGUGAAAUAGUGACUCCACCCCUUGAACUUACGGUGAUAUAUCCUCAUCUGUCUCCUCGGAAGAACAACUUACUCUACCUCACACAUGUCACCACCAGUCCACAGGUGAAAUGUGACGCUGCGCGUUUGAUCAACCCUCUGAAUAUUAACCCAGACACCGUAAAACCUAGUCCAGAGAAAGAAACUCUCAGUGUCUUCCUGCUGAGCUGUGAGAAGACUAACUGUGCGUCAUUUACCUGCUCCCUCCCUGAGGCUAAGAUCAGUCAGGUCAACGUUACAUUCAGAGUGUGGAAACCUACGUUCAUUAAGGGAGAGUUUUCCACACUGCACAUGUUGGUGAAUGGGACUCUGAGGAUCAAAAACGCAAACCUAUUUGAACUGAGCACCAGUGACAGGGCCAGAGUUGUAAAGAUCCAGGUUUCUAAGGAGUCCUUAGGAGGAAUCCCUAUCUGGGUCAUCAUAAUCAGCAUCUUGAUAGGACUGCUGAUCUUAGCUCUCGUCAUUUUCGCUCUUUGGAAGAUGGGCUUCUUCAAGAGAAAAUCCAGAGACUACACAAAGGAGGAAAUAAUGGACUGAGAUAUCCGGAUAUCCAGACAGCCAGCGCUGUGACCGACUGCUUCCAGAACCACCGGCUCGCACAGAGUGACUUUUUAAAUGCAUAGUCAGACAGACGGAGAUGCCAUAUGACCCACAGACACCUCAGUGUGACAACACGGUGAAUACCUGGAAUCACUGUUCACCAUUUCCUACUCAGGCCUGGGCCAAAUAAAGUUUGCAAAAUGCUUCCAAACCCUUUGAUGCUUUUAGCAGCAGGUUAAAACACAGGGACUCUUCAGAGGGUCUGCAUACAGAAAGUGCUCAAAUAGACACUUCCUGUUAAUUUUGUACAUGCUAAGAUGUAUUUGCAAACAUUAUUUGUUCUUGGUGAGCUUCUUUCUUGCAGACAUCAGCGUUCGUGAACAGAAACCACAGAAGAGGAGGAAGACAUCGCUUACUCCAGGCACCUUUGGCAAUGUCGCAUAUAUUCAUGUUACAUAUAGCAGUUUUAUAAAACCAUCCGAGCUACAAUAGCUUCACUCUAGUUUUAAAGGAAAAAAACACUCAGGUUUUUUUGUAUGAAGCUCCAAAGUCACCUAAGCCAUCUCACAUACUUUCAUUAGAGCAACAAUAUGCAAAGAUCUGUUCCUUUCCGAGACAAUAUGUGAACUGUAUAUGUGUUGUAGCAGUGUGUCUGAUAGCAUAGACUCUUAUGUUAAAGCUUAUGUGUUUGAUUCGUUUCAUAAAACACUGUACCUUUUAGCAAUUUAUAGCAUUUUGGUUUGGUAUGGAAUUUUUGCAGAUUUUUAGCAAUAUAACAUGGCACAUUGUUAGUUGGCUAAGGCACUGACCUGAAUACAAGAGCUUUACUACACAAAGGCGUAACCUGUAUUCUUUGAUUUUUUUUAAAUACUUUUAAGCCUAGUUAACCAAUUUAAAGACCAAAAAUCUGGUUACUGAGAGAUAUACAAAGCUUUCAAAAAUCCAAACCUUUAAUUGUACUGUAAAUGUGUGUAGAGCUUAAAAAUGUACAUAAGUGUGUUUGCUUUGAUUCGUAUAAUUUAAGAGAUGUUAUCCACAAAUCUUGUCUUUUUGUAUGUGUGGUUGUGUGAUGAGCGGUCAGAGAACAUGAUUUUGCUCAGGUGCUACAAGUAUCAUGAAUGAUGACAUGAACAUUUAUCACAUAAGAAAAUGAUCUGGCCUCACAAAAUCAAAACUGAUGCAAAUAUGUAAAUAUUGUUAUUUUUUUGGUGAGAAAAUGAAAAUACAAUUAUUCUGCACUCAAAAUAUACAUGAUGAGGGUUUGUUUCCACGAAUUUGGUUUAAGACCUGUUGAAUGAUUGUGUUUUUGAAUGCAAAGCUUGUAAUAUGAUUGAGAUGGGACAUUACUCUAGGGUAAUAUGAUUUUAAUUAGCAAAAUAUAGGGGAUAUUUUAAUCCACAUGUCACCAUUCACCAGCAGUCUUCCCAGUUACCAGGUAGUAAAUGGGAUUCAUUGGUAGAUGGUUUGUACACAUAGCAUACUGUAGGCUCAUUGUCACGCCAUAUGUGGUACUGUACACAGUACCUUACACAAUUAUAAUUCAGGCUUUCUCUCUUGUCUUUGUUUCCAGAAUCUGCACAACUACACAUUACGUUAAGAGAUUAUAUUGUAUAAUGGGGAGGCUGAGUUUCUGCCUGUUCUCUUUUCCCCUCAUUGUCAUACAAUAAAGCAGUGGAAAGACAGCAAGAAGAAGAGCAUUUGAAUAUUUCAGUGCUCCUCAGAGUUCAUUUUCCUCUGUUGACAUGAAGCACAUGGAAUAAAUUGUAUGUACAGGAUGUGUAACUGUCAUUUUAUUAAACUGUCAUUUUUUAAGAUUGUAUGGCUAUAUCAGGCUUAUGCAUGAGGGUGGAGACCUGAGUCUCUUUUUGUCUGCUUGAGAUGACCGAGGAACAUUUUCUCAGAUCUCAUGCUCUAUUAAUUUCUGCGAAAGAGUGAGCUCCACCCCAGCCUUCUACACUGCUGUGAAGUCUUCAUUGUAAUGCACUGGUUUUUCAAAUUGUAUAUGUCCUCAUCUGCACAGAAAUGAA